AUGGCCGCGGCCACCGCCGUAUUCUCUCUCCUCUUCACAUUCCUUCCGCCGCUCCUCUCCGCCGCGCAACCCACUCCCUACCUCUCCCCCGUCGCCUUCCUCCGCGACUACCAAAACAUGCUCUCAUCUUUCAAAAUUUUCAUCUACGCCCCCACAAAACCCUUCAAUUUCCCCGGCGGCCCCUCCGCCCUCUUCUACGGCUCGCUCCUCCGCAGCCCCUUCCUCACCGGAGACCCCGAGGAGGCCCACCUAUACCUCGUCCCAUUCUCCCCCGGCACCCCCACGCGCUCCCUGGCGCGCGUCGUCAGGGAAAUCCGGAACAAUUUCCCCUAUUGGAACAGAACCCUCGGCGCCGACCACUUCUUCGUGUCCCCCGCCGGAAUCACCUUCUCCUCCGACAGGAACGUCCUCGAGCUGAAGAAGAACUCCGUCCAGAUCUCGGAUUUCCCCGUCGUCUCCGGCAAUUUCGUCCCGCAUAAGGACAUCGCCCUGCCUCCGGCCGGCAAAAUCGAGAUCGGUGAAGCUGCAGAAAAACUCCCGCCGGAAACUCGAUUUCUGGGCUACCUGAAUUGGGACGGCGAGACCCGAUCGGACUUGGUCAGCGAGCUGGCCGCCGACUCUGACUUCCUAAUCGACGAGAAGCCCGAGCCGGAGAUCUACGCGCGCGGGGUGCGGGCGAGCAGGUUCUGCCUGUUUUUCCACGGCGGCGCGGCGCCGCGUCUGGCGGAGGCGAUGGCGACGGGAUGCGUGCCGGUGGUACUCGUGGACCGGCCGGUGCAGGAUCUGCCGUUUAUGGAUGUGCUGCGGUGGUCGGACAUGGCGGUGGUGGCGAGGGUGCCGGCCGGCGGCGGCGGGAGGCUGAGGGAGCUGCUGGGUGGGUUGAGCGAGGAGAGGUACUCGGAGAUGAGGGGAUUGUGUGCGGCGGCGAGCAGGCAUUUGGUGUGGAACGAGGAGCCUCGACCGUUGGAUGCGUUCCACGUGGUGAUGUAUCAGCUAUGGGCGAGACGGCACGCCGUUAGAUACGCGCGGCGGGAGUUUGUAUAG